UGCGGGAUCUUAGUUCCCCGACCAAGGAUCGAACCCAUGCCCCCUGCAGUGGAAGCGCUGAGUCCUAACCACUGGACUGCCAGGGAAGUCCCCAAAGAUGUUUAUUUACAGAGGCAUUUUCAAAAAUUUGGAUUGGAGCAUGGGGUGUAACGUAAAAAAAAAAUUGCAGAGAUAACCUAGGUGUUUGCAGCAGGGGGACGGUGAGGUUCCGGCACUUUGAGUGCAGCGUAUGCUAAUGUGGAAAGAGUGCUGAGUCGUGAUUACGUAAAGUAUGUAGAAACAUGUAGGUGCGUACACACAACACACAGGAGGAGCAUGAGGAAGCUGUGUGUUAAACUGUACCCAUGGCUUCCCCGGGCUCCACGGCAAGAGUACUUAACCAAGGGUGUCCUGAGCUUCAUUUGCUAUGUUUGGAGUUUUUACCAGGAGUAAAUUUUUUCUUUGAUAAGUUAUACCAGUAUUAAGUUAAUACCAAUUAGUUUCAUGUGAAUACCAGUAAGUCUUCUGCUGAGAAUUUCUGAUGCAGCCUGUCGGUGCCCCCGCCCUCAGACGUUGGAGGAGAGGAGUCUCUGUGUGGCAGGCAGUGGAGUCCAGAGCUGAAGUCCUGCCUGUUCUCGUCGGUUUCCCCUCACUCUCCUCCAGGUAACUGGAGAGAGUCGAAAGGAAAGAUUGGGACGUGGACAUGGAGUGUCUGAUCCUGGAGGCCGAGGCCCGGGAGAGGCAGGAACUGGACAAGGAGAGGAGGAGACAUGAAAGAUUCAGCAGUCCCAGAGCUAACUUGGAGAGCCUGGCUGACCUGGAAACGUUGGUUCGAAGACGGAGAGAAAAGCGACUGAAAUGCAGAGUCCCCGCCAGGGCACCCGAGCCUGAGGUCAAGCUGCAGCCCGUGGACCUGGAUGCAUUCCCGCAGGCAGCUGCUGAGAACCAGGAGGCCCUGACUGACAAGUUCCUGACAGACAGAGGGGACCCCAGUGCCCACGACAAGCUCCACCGCACGGCCUGGCACUGGGCCUGUCCGAAGGGUCACAGCCAGCUCGUGAACAAGCUGCUGGAGGCGGGUGCCACCGUGGACACUCGGGACUUGCCAGACGGGACCCCUGUGUUCUGGGCCUGCCGUGGAGGGCACCUGGACAUCCUCAAACAGCUGCUUAACUGGGGCGCCCGGGUCAAUGCCCGGGACCAGGGGAGGAUCUGGGGCACGCCCCUGCACAUGGCCCUGCACCGCGACUGCCUGCAGCACCUCCUCGCCUGCGGGGCCUGCGCUGACGCACAGGACAAGGAAGGGGACACGGCUCUACACGAGGCGGUGCAGCCCGGCCGCUGCAGAGCCCUGAAGGUGCUACUGCUCUCCGGGGCCGGGCUGGACGUGAGAAUGCAGUAAGCUUCAGUGACCCCAGCGUAGCUGCCCCAGGACUGGCAGUGGGGCAUCUGGGAAGCACUGCAGGCCCACGUGGGGCACCCCCAUACCCGGUGCUGACAGCAGCCGAUCCUCAGGGCCACUCGCAGCCACCAUUCCAUCCUGUCAUCUCCGCCCCCGUGCCACUCACGUGUCUCACCCGCUUGGUCCUCCCUUGGUCAUGACUCCCCACUCAGGGCUGGUUCCGUGCCUUCAGGCAGCCCUGUCAGACCAGCCUCCCCGGCUUCCUGUCCCAGGCUGAGCUGGUCCCCGCCGGGGCGCGAGCUGGGGGCUGACACAGAGGACCCGGGGGUGGCAGGUGCGUGCAGGAAACAAAGUGGGUCCAGACGAGGGGCAGCGGAGGAGCAUGGGGGCCCAGGACGGAGCAGCACAGGAACAGCCUCGAGCUCCCUGGGGCCGGUGCCAGGGCUCCUCGGUGCCCACUGGUCCCCGGUCCAGGAGGCGGCUAGGCUCUGCCCUCCACCAGGGCCCUCCUGCCACCAGGUGGUGACUCGGUGCGUGGCCAGCAGCAGAUGCCCUUGGGUGCAGGUUUCUCCAGGGGCCUCCAUGCCUGGCCGUCUGGAGGGGGCUGCUGGACGGCUUUGAGCACCCCUGCACAGAAGGCCAGCCCCAGCCUGCUUGCCUCAGAAGCCCCAAGGCCGACGAGCUGGAGCUAAUGUUUUAGGGAAACCUUGUGCCCUCUGUCGAAGGCUUCGGACAGGCCUGCCCGCUGCCCUCUGGUUGGCCAUCUAGUGGCUCCCCUUGUAGGGGGACGCGCCUGGGUGCUGGGGAUUGCUUGCGGCCCACUCAGCUUUUGGCGUGGUGGCCUGUAACCCUGCUCUGCCUCCGGCGCUGACGUCACCCCGGCCCUGGUACUAGAGUGCGCGCUCUCACCUGGCCCCUGCAGCCACGGCCGUGCUGCUUCACCCUAACAAACAUUCGGAGGCAGGACGUGGAGGGCUCUGAGCUCAGCUGCUCCUUUCCCUCCUCCGCCAACUGGCGGUGGCCCGAGGCCCCACCUCCAGACACUCCCCUAAAGCUUCCCCCCAACACUGUCCUUUCCCGGUCACGCUGCACUGGUGCAGACCUGUCUGCUGUACUGCUGGCGAGCAGGGUCCUUACAUGCCAGAAGGUGCAUCUGAGAAGAGCUCUGCCCUAAACUGAGAGCCACAGGCAGAGGGCUGGGCUCCAGGAUGAAGGUCAGCCCCUCACAUAAGGAACCUGAGCUCCAGGAUGAAGGUCAGCCCCCUCACAUAAGGAACCUGAGCUCCAGGAUGAAGGUCAGCCCCCUCACAUAAGGAACCUGAGCUCCAGGAUGAAGGUCAGCCCCUCACAUAAGGAACCUGGGUUGAUAGCCAUUUUGCAGCAGUUACUUUACUUUUAGUCUAACUGGCGGCCUUCUCAGGCCAAGGACAAGGCAAUUUCUAUUCUGUGAAAAAGCCGACAAGAGCUCCCAACAGGGGCCACACGCCUUCCCCUCACGUGGGCACCUCCUGCCCUGUCCUGACAGAGCCCCAUGCACCCAGACGCUAGGGCCAUGGGAGAAACAGGCGUUCAAGUCCAUGGACAAGACACUUCCCAUCUAGGAAAUGGGGACACUUAAGUGACAGAAAAAAAUACCUUUUUAUACGUAUCAGUAUUUUUUGUUCAUUAAAACUGGUUGAUAAUCCAUCACGGCCUGGUUGUUUUUUCUGGGCUGAGAGGGGCCAGUUCCUCAGAAACUCAAGCCUGAUAACCAUGCCGGCCUGACAGCAAGACAGGUCCCCAGGGGCAGAGCAGGUAGGCAGGGUGGUCUAGGGCUUCUCAGCCUAGACUGCCUAUUAGAAUCAAGAGGGAAGAUUUUAAAAAUCCUGAUGUCCAGAUGGAUUAAAUCAGAAUCCCUAGGUUUGGACCCGGAUAUCAGCAUUAUCAUACAGAUAACGUGCUUGUCUAUGUAGGAGAUCCUAAGGAAUCUACAAAACCAAAAAAACAGGGACUUUCCCGGCGGCCUAGUAGUUAAGACUCCGCACUUCCACUGCGGGGGCUGGGGGUGUGCGGGGGUGGAGCACAGGGUUGACCACUGGUCAGGGAACUAAGAUCCUGCAUGCCACCAGAAAAAAAACAAACAAAAAACCCCACCUACAAUAAGGGAGUUCCGGCAAGAUCUCAGGAUACAAGAUAAACAUACGAAAACCUUUUUUCUACAUACUAACAAUGAAUCUGAAUACUAAAACACACAGUACCAUUUGUAAUUGCUAAAAAGAAAACCCACUUAGGUGUAAAUCUAACAAAACAUCUAAGGACCUGUAUGCUGAAAACUACAAAACUCUGAUGAAUGACACCAAAGAUUUAAAUAAAUGGACACGUACACAUGGAUUGAAAGAUGCAGCUGAGUAAAGAUGUCAGUUCCACCCAAAUUGAUACACAAGUUUAACACAGUUCCUACCAAAAUCCCAACAAGAUUUUUCUUUGUAUAUGUAGACAAGAUUAUUCUAAAAUUUAAAACUAAAACAACUCUGGAAAAGAACAAAGUGGGAGAGAUCAGUCCACUUGAUUUCAGGACCUAUUAAAUUGCUAUAAUAAUCAAGACAGUGUGGUACCAGUGAAGAGACAGACGCAUCCGUCAAAGGAACAGAACAGACAACCCAGAAAUAGACACAGCAAAUAUGCCAAAAGAUGCAAAAGUUAUUCAACGGAGGAAAGAUACGCUUUACAACAAAUGGUGCUGAAAGAACUGGACAUCUAUAGGCAAAAAAAUUUUUUAAAAAGCAACAAUGGAUCACGAACUUACAUGCAAAUUGAAACUGUAAAAUUUUAGAAAAAAGACAAUCUUCACAACCAAGGACUAAAGAAUUCUUAGACAUGACACCAAAAGCAUAAUCCAUAAAAGAAAAUCAGUAAGUUGUAAUUCACCAAAAUUUUAAACUUUCGCUCUGCAAAAGAAUCCUGUUAAGAGGAUGAAAAAAUAAGCUACAGAUUAGGAAAAAAAAAUCUGCAAACCAAAAACCCAAUAAAGCCUAGUAUUUAGAAUAUAUAAAGAAUUCUCAAAACUCAGCAGUAAAAACAACAAUCUAAUUAGAAAAUGGGCAAAAGACAUGAACAGACAUUUCACAAGGUGAAACAAGCACAUGAAAAAAUAUACCUUAGCCACUAUGGAAACGCAAAUAAAACCCACAAUGAGAUAGCACUACACACCUACCAGAGUGGCUGAAAUAGAAAAUAGUGACAAUACCAAAUCCUGGAGUGGAUGUGGGAAAAUACUCCCACAUUGCUGGUGGGAACGUAAGGCUGUACAGGCACUCUGAAAAAGCUCGGCGGCUUCUUUUAAA